AUGUAUUUGGGAGAUAGUCACGUCCUAUUGAAUACCUUGUGCUGGUGCUGCCAUCGAAAAAUCUGGUUACACUCUGGGGAGGACUGCUACCACUGCAGAACUGAACCACUUCGGCCGUGA